AUCUUGCAUGCCAAGGUCCAUCCUGGUGUCCAUGUGUCAAUUUGGUAUUAGCUUAUCCGGCUUGUACCGCAUAAGAAGACUCGAAUGGUUUUGAAUGGAUACUGUCAAGCAUCUUUCUGUCAUAUUUGAAAUUCAAGUACUAUAAAAGUGUGCAGUAAGUUGCUACAAGGUAAAGGCGUAUUAAUCUUGAGAAUCAGCAUUUCCAUAGUGACAUGGCAUCUGCGAUGGAGCCAUCUCUUACUACUCCUAUAGGAUCAAGACGAAGAGAUGAGUCUGAGUUCAACUUAAAUGAAUGGGCUCUGAAGGCUCGAAUCAGCCGCGAAAAUACAAGUUCAAGAAGAUUCUCAGCAUCAAAUAUUCGAAGUUUUAGAGAAGAUGCAAGGUCCUUCAGAUCAAACAUAACCAUUUCUAGUACAGCUUCUUCUCCCGGCUAUACCCUUAGAGAGGAAAUCGACCCUUCGACAUAUUCAUUCACCAAUGCACUUAAGGCAUUGCAAGCGAAAACAGUGUAUAGUUGGGAGCACUUGUCGCCUGAUGGGUUGGCUCUUAACUCCAAGUGGAAUGAAGCAGAGAAGUAUAUAUGCAACCCCUUAUCUGGAGAAGUUCCAUUGGAGUGUUUGUCGGCAAAGACACUCAGUGCAAGAUCAUUUCGCAACUUAGCCAGCAGAAUUACAAUGUCUGCACCGCUUAUUUAUCCGACUCAUUCGCGACAAUAUGAGACUAAGCCAGCUAUCACCAUACAUGAAGAUGAAGUUCAAAUUCAAUUCCAAGAGAAGAAAAUGCGAAGCAUGAGUACUAGAGACAUUGGAACUCAAAGCACCCCACCUGACUUCAGUUCAGAUAGUCCUAGCCCUGCUCCUACUCCUUCAAUUGAAGAAAGGUCAAUAAAGCGUAGCGACUCUCCGGUUUCUAGUGAAAAAAUUAAAUCUGAUGUGGUGGGAGAAGUGAAGGAAACGUCAGAGGAAGAGGAAGAAACCAAGAGAAAUGGUGAAGGAAACAAGACGAAAGCGAAGCAACAAGUUGGAUGUUUGUCGUGGAGUUUGUGGAAGAGAAGAAGGCAAAGAGAGAAACACAAAGCAGCAAGCAGUAAUAAGAAGAAGAAUGUGCUUGUUUACUGCAUGAAUGGGUGUCAAAAGAGAGCAAAUACUACUACUACUAUUACUACUGUUAUUGUUGCGUCGGCCCGGCAUCAGAAAUAAUCCAACUUGUUCCCUGAAUUUUAUUUUUCACUCUUUGGGUGAACCCUAUAUAUGAUCAAAGAUUAUUAAUUAGUACUAUAUCUUUCUAUUUUCAGUGUCAUAAAUUGGUGAAGGUGAAGACACUUUCAUUUCA